AUGCUCUCUUCAGGAGGACUGAUACCACGUCCAUCGCCCCCAACGCCUGGCAUCGAUCCCGAAAGCAUCAUUUUCAUGCCCAGCGAAAUCCGUGUCCAACCGGGCCAGAUGGUGCAGCUGCAAUGCCAGAUCCGACCCGCGGGUACUGGGCCACUGCUUGAAUAUGAGGAUUCCGGCCAGGAGGUGGUAUCCAGGCCGCCGAACUUGAUUGUCGAGAGGCCCACGAGAGACAGAAUCAUCCUACGCUUCCCCCAAGGCCUACAGGCGGACACUAAGCCAUUGAGGAUCAGGCAAGUUUUUCGUGCCUAUUUCCCACUCAAGAAGUAUGCCUGGUUUUUUCGAUCUCAGUCGAGAGAGGGAGUCAGGAAUGUGCAUUUUGAGUCAGUUUCGAAGUUGGACAUACCAAUAGUAUUAAAAUAUACUCACUGGGAAUAUUUUGGCUGCUGA